AUGACACAUUGUCCAUCAUCUGUUAGUGGCCGCUCUGGAGUAGAGGAGGAGAGCAUCGAGAGGCCCCUACAGCAGCAGAGGCCCCUACAGCAGCAGAGGCCCCUACAGCAGCAGAGGCCCCUACAGCAGCAGAGGCCCCUACAGCAGCAGAGAGGAUCAGGGGGAGCGACUGCACUGGAGCAACUGCACUGGAGCGACUGCACUGGAGCGACUGCACUGGAGCGACUGCGCUGGAGCGACUGCACUGGGGCGACUGCGCUGGAGCGACUGCGCUGGAGCGACUGCGCUGGAGCGACUGCACUGGAGCGACUGCACUGGAGCGACUGCGCUGAAGCGACUGCGCUGGAGCGACUGCGCUGGAGCGACUGCACCACUGGAGCGACUGCACUGGAGCGACUGCACUGGAGCGACUGCACUGGAGCGACUGCACUGGAGCGACUGCGCUGGAGCAACUGCACUGGAGCGACUGCACUGGAGCGACUGCGCUGGAGCGACUGCACUGGGGCGACUGCGCUGGAGCGACUGCACUGGAGCGACUGCACCACUGGAGCAACUGCGCUGGAGCGACUGCGCUGGAGCGACUGCGCUGGAGCGACUGCGCUGGAGCGACUGCACUGGAGCGACUGCACUGAAGCAACUGCGCUGGGGCGACUGCACUGGAGCGACUGCACUGAAGCGACUGCGCUGGAGCGACUGCACUGGAGCGACUGCACUGAAGCGACUGCACUGGAGCGACUGCACUGGGGCGACUGCACCACUGGAGCAACUGCACUGGAGCGACUGCACUGGAGCGACUGCACUGGGGCGACUGCGCCACUGGAGCGACUGCACUGGAGCGACUGCGCUGGAGCGACUGCACUGGGGCGACUGCACCACUGGAGCGACUGCACUGGAGCGACUGCACUGGAGCGACUGCGCUGGAGCGACUGCGCUCGACUGCGCUGGGGCGACUGCACUGAAGCGACUGCGCUGGGGCGACUGCGCUGGAGCGACUGCGCUGGAGCGACUGCAUUGGAGCGACUGCACUGGGGCGACUGCACCACUGGAGCGACUGCACUGGAGCAACUGCGCUGGAGCGACUGCGCUGGGGCGACUGCGCUGGGGCAACUGCGCUGGAGCGACUGCGCUGGAGCGACUGCACUGGAGCGACUGCGCUGGGGCGACUGCACUGAAGCGACUGCGCUGGGGCGACUGCGCUGGAGCGACUGCGCUGGGGCGACUGCACUGAAGCGACUGCGCUGGGGCGACUGCGCUGGAGCGACUGCGCUGGAGCGACUGCACUGGAGCGACUGCGCUGCGUUUCACAAAAGUUUAAAGUUUCUAUGA